ACUAUUAUCAGUAGGUCGUGGUAAAUGAUUACUGCGUACCCAUUUAUUAUUAUUGUUCAACACGAGAACGUUUAAUUGUUUGAAAUAUUUUCCCCGAUAUUUCUAAAACGUAAUCAACUAAUAACUAUAAAUAAUGAUAUUAUGUUAAUAUACUUUAUAAUCUAAAGAAAUAAUUAUUUGAAUUCAAAUAAUACGUAACUGUCAUCCAUCGAAAUAGUGUCUCGUUCUGAACAGUCAUACUGAGCAUAUAAUUUUUAUCGUGAAGUAUCGUGUAACAAAUUGUUGCACAGGUUUAUUAUUUUUUUUAAGCCGAUAGACUCAAUAACAUCAUGUAUAAAUCCGGAUUGCAUUCCAUCGUUCAUGUCACUGCGCCGACGAUUGAAUUGGCAAAGACUUUGGCUCAAGGUAUUGUAAAGCACAAUCUUGCCGCUUGUGUAAACUUAAUUCCUAAUAUUACAUCAAUUUAUAAAUGGAAAGAUGAAGUAAAUGAAGAUUCCGAAAUAUUAAUGAUUAUUAAAACUCGUACAUCAAGAGUAGAUGAUUUAACUAAUUAUGUAAAGUCCAAUCAUCCAUAUGAAGUCUGCGAAGUUAUUUCUACAAAAAUUGACAAUGGAAAUAUUCCUUAUUUGAACUGGAUAUCAGAAAGUGUACCAGAAGAAAUUUCUCAAGACUCAAGUACUUAAAAAAAACAAGAAAAUAAUAAAUAAUAUUUUACAUUUAUAAUUGGAAUAAUUUUAUA